ACAUGUCACUUCGGGUCUUCGCCGCAAUUUUCUGAAAUUAAAAUUUCCAAGUCUCUCGUCCUCCAACGUCUCAUGGACGCUUUCAAGACGCCGAGUUUUGUACCUCAGGACCUCUUGCUCAUCCAGAGCUUGCUUGGUACCUACCUCUAGCUCUUCCAAAAAUUCGCCUCCCGCUGGCACAGUCAGCACCAAUCGACUCUUCUGAUGAGGACAUUAGUCAGUUCGAGUAGCGAAUACGCGAGUGAAGAUGAGAUUGAGGACUGUUCUUAUCGUCAAAGAAGACGAUGAAGAAAUGGAUAUGGAGAAUGGAAGCAAAAACGGACGCGCCGGUGAAACAGGACCGCGCUCCAUCACCUACCCAAAGACUCCGAAUCUGACGCCGACUCGGAAUCAGAUGACUCUAGCUCCUCUGAAGAGGGCGAACCACAGAUGCGACUUCGGAAGGAAAUUGACGACGAUGAAGGAGAAUCAGGAUUGCCCACUGAAUCUCAGUCCUACUUCGCCAGUCAGCACGAAGUCCUCGAUUCCAAUAUUUCUGUCCCAGAAAUUGCAGAAGUUGACCCUGAGGAGCCCAUUGAGAUGCUUGGCGAGAUAGUGAACAUUAUGGACCAAGCGGUAAUCAUCAGGGGCCUUCCUUCUAGUCAUAUCAACCAUGUUCUCGACUCUGAAACCUUGCUGGUUUUUGACGAUCGCAAGGUAUUAGGCUAUAUUUACGAAACUUUCGGUCCCACUGCCCAGCCUCUUUAUCAGGUCAAAUUCGAUUCUACAUUCCCUUUAGACACCGACAAGAUCAGACUAGCACGUCAAGUAUUCCACGUCCCUGGAAGAAGCCGCUUCGUGGCCGUAGAUUCGAUACGAAUAAAAGGAAGCGACGCUAGCAAUAUAUAUGACGAAGAACCAGCAGCAUACGAACUGGAAUUCUCAGACGACGAAGCAGAGGCCGCACAUAAGAGGAACUUGAAAAAUGGACGCCGAAGCCGCGCGGGUUCCGUUGCCUCCACUUCAUCGAGAUUCAGCACCCCAACGCGUAUGCAGGACCAAGAUAUGAUGACUGACGCGUUUGGCAGCAAUAGCGCCUAUGAUGACCACAGCCCAUAUGAUCUAGACUAUUCUGCCUCUGCUCCAACACGUCCACCACCAAUGCCAUACGAUGAAGAUCCGUACGCUGAUAUCUCCCUCGUGCCAUCUUCUCAGGGCAGUUUUAAUUGUCAGAGUGAUACUCCAUCGGAGUCGGCCCCCAGUACCAGCACAGGGCGUAGACCACCCCAUCGAGAUCGUCGUGGCCGUGGACAAGGAAGGGGUCGGCAGCAACAGAAUCGCGUCGAAAGACCUGAGUAUGAUGCUAUCACGCAAGUCCCUUCCCAUCAUGGAUUUCAAUACAAUCCCGCCGAGUUCCACACGUAUCAGCAGACCGCGAUGGUUCAGCCUCAUAUCAACCCCCGUUUUGCAGCUGCAUUUGGAAUGGCUGGCAUGACAUACCCGCACGGGCAGAAUCCCUAUGUGACUCCAGACCAAUACUGGAGUCAAGGAUGGGGAACUGGAGGAGGAUAUGGGCCGGGGUCGUCGUAGUUCUGUGCAGUCAUGAGGGACUAAUUAAUUAUAUGCCUCGUAUCUCUUUUGUGCAACAACCGGUUGAUCCCAGACCUGCGACCCUGAGAACUUGUCAAGCGUUCAACAUAUCUCUCCCAUGUGGAGAAACUUCAUCAUGCAUAUGGUGCCUACUCAUGUGCUUCCAAUUCGAAGGCAGGCUCCGAGCAGAAUGGCCUUGGAAUAGUUCCGCGCGCUCGACGAAAUACUUAAUUUAAAGGCUGAGCCAUCAAUCUUAGUUCUUGUGCGACCACCGUCGUCCU